AUGGCAGAUCUUUCAAAGAUUUUAGUCGAAGGGGAAGAAACGCAAACCGCGGCCGGCUACUGGAGCAGCUUGGCUAAGACGACUCUGGCAAGAAUAAUCAUCUUUAACAAAAGAAGAUCAGGGGAGACUGCGACCCUACAAAUAGGGCAAUUUCAGUGUCGCCCAAAUUGGGCCAGCUGCAGCACUGCUUUAAAGGCAUCGUUGACAGCCUUGGAAAAGCGUCUUUGUGAGAGGUAAGAUGUGAGUCAGUAAAGGCGUAUAUUAGAGCAAGGGAAGAUAUAUGGAAAGUCCGCGUUUUACGCGCUACUCCAUAUUUUAUACUUAGUUCGCAGUCUCGAGGGGUUUUAUUUUCGCCAUGUCAGUAGGCGAAGAUGAAUACAAAGGGCAUUAAAUUUCGCGAUCAAAGUGCGCGAACUUUUCAUAACUAAUAAGGCAGAUGUAAUGGAGCUCUGGCUGUUUUUACAACAGUUUUUAUACUAGAAACGCGGACGAAAAAUAUAAAAACAUUCCAAGCUCAAAAGGAACAACAAAAUGUAACCGUUUCACCCAUCCGGAUUAAUCAUGCACUGUGAUGCUAUAAAGUGUUAGUACUUGUUUUAAAAUUAAAUCCUUAGGCUCGACCUAAUAGAAAUCACGGGCAAGCGAGGGAGGACGGUCCCAAUCAUACUGACACCUGACACAAGGGCAGCGGUAGAGCUGUUGAUAGAAAGAAGACCACCAGUUAUUCCCAAGUCAAACAAGUACGUUUUUGCAAGAGCUACCAAAGGCUCUUUGGGUCAUCUUCGUGGUUGGGACUGCGUCUCAGCCAGCGUUAAGGAGGUAAAGGAAAUACAGAAGCCAGAGGCAAUUACCAGCACAAAGCUGCGAAAAUACAUUGCGACCGUGUCACAAACUGCGGCAUUGACGGAACUAGACGUAGACUGGCUCGCACGCCACCUUGGACACGAUAUUAGAGUCCAUCGUCAGUUUUAUCGCCUUCACGAAUCUACAGCAGAGUUAGCUAAGGUCAGCAAACUCCUUUUAGCAGUUGACGCGGGUAAUAUCGAACAGGUGCAAGGAAAGAGUCUUCUGGAUAUGUCAGUCGAAGGUAUGUAA